AAAUAGGAUUUUAUUUUUCGUCCACAAACGGGGACAUAGUGCCGAUUAGAAGAUGAUUGUACUGCAUUUUCCCAGCUACUGACCAGCGAUUGUUCUUGUAUAAUACCAGCAAGCUGCAGUCACUGUAUUCUGACUUGAUUUCUGACAACAGUAAACGCACACGCACUCCACGGGUGCUCAAGUUUAGUAUGGACUACGAAAGACCCAACGUAGAGACCAUCAAGUGUGUUGUUGUUGGAGACAAUGCUGUGGGAAAGACUCGCCUUAUUUGUGCCCGGGCCUGCAACACCACCCUGACCCAAUACCAGCUGCUGGCCACCCAUGUUCCCACUGUCUGGGCUAUUGACCAGUACAGAGUUUGCCAAGAGGUUUUAGAACGUUCCAGAGAUGUUGUGGAUGAGGUAAGCGUGUCCCUCCGGCUGUGGGACACUUUUGGAGACCAUCACAAAGACAGACGCUUUGCCUAUGGGAGGUCUGAUGUUGUGGUCCUCUGCUUCUCCAUCGCCAAUCCCAACUCCCUGCAUCAUGUUAAAACCAUGUGGUACCUGGAGAUCAAGCACUUCUGUCCACGUACACCUGUCAUCUUGGUCGGAUGCCAGCUGGACUUACGCUAUGCUGACCUGGAGGCAGUCAAUCGGGCUAGACGCCCAUUAUCAAGGCCCAUUAAAUCUGGAGACAUUUUGCCUCCAGAGAGCGGAAGAGAGGUAGCCAAAGAGCUUGGCAUCCCAUACUACGAGACAAGCGUUUUCGACCAGUUUGGCAUCAAGGAUAUCUUUGAUAACGCCAUCAGAGCGGCCCUCAUCUCCAGACGUCACCUACAGUUCUGGAAGUCCCACUUGAGAAAGGUCCAGAAGCCACUUCUGCAGGCACCAUUUUUGCCCCCCAAAGCCCCUCCACCAAUAAUUAAAAUCCCAGAGUGCCCAGCCAAAAACCGUGAUGGCCCGUUGCAGCUUCUUGAGAGCCCCCUUUGUGCUGAUGUUAUGUUCAUCAUUCAGGAACAUAUCCACUUGUUUGCCCACAAGAUCUACUUGUCUACCUCAUCCUCCAAAUUCUUUGACCUUUUCCAAAUGGACUUCUCAGAUGAAUCCCAGUGUUUGGUGGUAAAUGAGCGUCACAGACGGGAUCAACUGAUGCGCACCCUAAGCCUAGACACCGAAGAGGAUGACGCCAUUCUCCCCAACCUUUCACCUUGCUCACUUCGGGCAUCCAAGAGUGACGGUACCCUCAAGAUGAUGAGUUUCAGUGGGAUGCACCGUCGCACCAGGCUGUCGCUGGCCUCCUGGAGCAAGGCUUUCUACAGCAUUUAUAAGGAAAAUGUGAUAAACCCAGUUACGGGUACACCGGCUCUCAUGACGGUGGUGAAGAUGGAUCAUUCCAUCCAGCAUGGACCCUUUAGUGCUGUCCUACGCUUUCUCUACACUGGUGAGCUAGACGAGAAGGAGAAAGAUCUGAUGAAGAUUGCUCAGAUUGCUGAGAUUCUGGAGGCGUUUGAUCUUAGGAUGAUGGUGGAGAACAUCAUGAACAAUGAGGGCUUCAUGAAUCAGGAGAUCACAAAGGCUUUCCAUGUGAGAAAAGCCAACCGAAUCAAAGAGUGUCUCGCCAAGGAUAAUUUCACAGAUGUGGUGUUCAGGUUGGAUGAUGGCACCAUUAACGCCCACAAGCCUCUGCUGAUCUCCAGCUGUGACUGGAUGGCUGCCUUAUUCGGAGGCUCUUUCAUGGAGAGUGCAAACGAUGAGGUCUCAUUCCCCAACACCAGUAGGGUUUGUAUGCAGGCAGUGCUUGAGUUUCUCUAUACCAAUCAGCUGUCGCCCAUGGCAGACCUGGACCCAAUGGAGCUGAUCGCCCUGGCCAAUAGACUGUGCCUUCCACGCCUCAUUGCCCUGACAGAGCAAUAUGCUGUCAGUGAGUUUGUAAAAGCAUCAAAAGACGGUCAGGACAUUGAUGGAGAGGUCCUCACCUAUCUGGAGCUUGCUCAGUUCCAUAAUGCUAAUCAGCUUGCUGCCUGGUGCUUACACCACAUCUGCACCCAUUACAACAGGAUAUGUGCCAAUUACCGCAAAGAGAUCAAGUCCAAAUCGGCAGAGAACCAGGAAUAUUUUGAGAAGCUUCGCUGGCCUCCGGUCUGGUAUCUGAAAGAGGAAGAUCACUAUCAGCGGGUGAAAAAGGAGAGGGAGAAAGAGGAUGUGGUGUUGAAUAAACAUAAUUCACGACGCCGCUGGUGCUUCUGGAGCACGUCUCCUGCUGUGGCUUGAGUCUCUUCCAGGCCCUUCACAAAGCUCUUGAUCUCUCUCAAUGACGUUUCUUUAUAAAACUACUCCUUUCUUUCUUUCUUUCUUUCUUUUUCGAUAAGACCCAUAUGGCAAAAUAAAUAUUUUUUUAUGUUUUUGGAUGUCUUUCAAAGUAUA